UACUUAGGGAUACAUCGCUUUGUCAUUGAAAAUGCAAAUGCAACGCUCACUCAGUGCGAGUCUGAGUCCGAGUAGAAGAGGCAGAGGCACCGCUGUCGAUUCACUUCCAAUGGCAGCCGCCGGUGGUCCUAAGUGGGCCCAGAAGACCAUAACUCUGCCUCCCUUCAAGAGGGGUUGUCAUCUCGUCACCCCUAAGAUAGUGAAGGAAAUUGGGGAGGACUUGUCAGACUUCAAGUGUGGCCUUGCCCAUCUCUUCUUGCAGCACACAAGUGCUUCUCUUACUAUCAAUGAGAAUUAUGACUCUGAUGUUCGUCACGAUGCAGAGACAUUCCUCAAUACCAUUGUUCCUGAGGGGACCUCUGCACCAUGGAAGCAUACCCUUGAAGGCCCAGAUGACAUGCCAGCACAUAUUAAAUCAUCAAUGUUUGGCUGCACACUGACGGUUCCAAUUACAAAUGGAAAACUCAACAUGGGAACAUGGCAGGCAGAACAUGUAAGUUAAAAGACACAUGUUUUGAAUGCUGGUGGUCAAUGGCGUUAGUGCAUGAUGGAAUGUUUUAGAGACCUUACUAUAAGCAUCUUGACUAGGCGUAAAAUUCUUGUAUUUGAGUAUAUAAGCUGAGCAUGGAGUAUGAACUCAUGAGAACAGAAUGAUAGAUAAGAUAUGCAUAGGCCUUUUUUUUAAGAUUUCAUCAACCCCUUUAAUUUCUAAGGGACAUGUGAGUGAGGCAAUUAAUGGCGCUAUGGAAUUACUCUUUGGCUAACAAUUACUCUGUUUUUUCCUUUUUUAAAAACAUCACAUUCUAUUUCCAUUGCAUAAUUGUUUGGCUCUCUAAUAAAUCAAAAUUUCCGGUGUGUUAUAGCUUAUGGAAUAUUGUUUCUUUUUUCCUUGUAUUGAUGCUGCUUCAGGGAAUAUGGUUGUGUGAGCAUCGUGACUAUUCUACAGCACGGAAAGUUGUGGUUACCCUGAAUGGAAUAUGAGAUUCUAAGAUUUGGAU